AGUGGCAGAAAUUGCUUUGGAUGAGUAUGUGGAUCACAAAACUCUGUUAACACUGAAUAAUGAGAAGCCAUUCCAUUCGCCAUUGUUGUCAGCUUCCUUACACCAACGAUUCACCUCUAAUCUUCACUACCUAUCAUAAUUCUCUACCCUAAAUUCCCAUCUCCUCCAUUCUGUUUCAGAUGGCAAUGAUUCUCAAAGGAGGACGUGGAAUUGGAGUUUCAACUGCUACUUACUUCCCCCACAAUCCUAAACCUUCUCCACUUUUCUCCCUUCACAUGAUGGUACAUAAGCUUGCAGCUGAACGCAAAGUCAUAUGCUGCUCUACCUUGCAGGAAUCAUCUACUCCUACAGUUGCUGCCGAACCAAAGGAGAUAAAGACAGUUCCAAAGGAAGCUCCAGCAAAGGCCAAACCGCCAGCAAAAGCCCCAGUGAAGCCACUGCCUGAGUUGAUGGACGAAGAAGUCAUACCUUCAUUGAAAGCAAUUCUUGAAGCACAAGCCGAUGUCUCCGAUGUUGCAUUAUCAUUCCAAGACGACAGAUUGGAUGGCUCGUUCUUGAAAAAUGGAGUUCCUUACUCAUUUUGGGCUUUCUUCCCCAAUGGCCUCACAGGUCCAAAAGGGUUUUCACUAUCUUCAUAUGGCAAUGGAGGAAGCUCUGUUGAGCCCUUUUUGGUCGAUGAGAAGAAAGUUUCGGGAAAGCUUAUAGUUUUCUGGAUUGAGAAGCGUUUGGCUGCACAAGGAAUUAUUCCAGUCUGGAAGGACUAAUCAACAAAAUUAUUCUUUUUUUUUCCUUUUCUUUUUAAUUUUUUUUGGUAGGGGCUUAUUUGCAAAUGAUGUAUAGCAUAAUUCUCCAUUCUAUUGCAAUUUGCUCCUUCAACAAUGUUAGCCCAUCCUAUGUAAUAUUACAACUUUUUAGUCCCAGAAGAUAAAUCUCUCUUUUUAUACUAUUAGGAGCUUAAUGUGAAUCCUUACCAAAAAGAAUGUAAAUUCCAUAAAAUUUUCAAUUA